AUGUCUUCCCUCCAGCUCAUUGACGAGAACAAGACCUUCAACGAGCACUUGUUGCCCUACAUUCAGCGAUAUUAUGACGGAAAGGACGACAAUGGCCUUAAUUACCACAUAGUGUCCGUUUUCGGGUCUCAAUCGACAGGUAAGUCGACCUUGUUGAAUCGUCUUUUUGGCACUGAGUUCGAGGUCAUGGACGAGGCGAAAAGACAACAAACCACAAAGGGCAUUUGGAUAUCCCACGCAAAAUACAUAGCGUCUUCCAAGGCCGAGUCUGGGCGCACUGAGAAUACGAAUCAUGUGUUUGUUCUUGACGUUGAGGGUGUGGACGGAAGAGAGAAAGCAGAUGAUAAGGACUUUGAGCGUAAGUCAGCUCUCUUUGCGCUCUCUACGUCCGAGAUACUGAUAGUUAAUAUUUGGGAGCACCAAGUCGGACUUUAUCAGGGCGCCAACAUGGAGCUUCUCAAGACUGUGUUUGAAGUCAACUUGAGUCUUUUCCAUUCAAACAGACAGAAAUGCUUGUUGCUAUUUGUGGUGCGUGAUUUCACAGGCGUUACGCCACUGGAGAAUCUUGAAGAGAACCUCAAGACCGACCUGAAUAAGAUUUGGGAUAGUUUGAGCAGGCCUGAGAAUUGUGAAGGUGUCAAGAUAACUGAUUUUUUCGACCUCGGAUUCGUUAGCAUCUCCCAUAAGCAUUUCCAGAAAGAAAGGUUUGAGGAAGACAUACGAUUGCUGGGUGAUAAGUUUGCAUCUGAUUCUCUUUUCAAACAAGAGUAUCACAGAAAUAUCCCUAUAGACGCUUGGACCAUCUAUAUGGACCAAAUCUGGCAGCAGAUUGAGUUAAACAAGGAUCUUGACCUUCCGACACAACAGAUACUAGUUGCAAGAUUUAGGUGCGAUGAAAUCAUGCAACAGGCGUACGACAUUUUCGAAGAGCAGUACCAAAUGGUUGAUUUUGGUAAACUGGAGGAUUCGCAAGACUUUGCAGACGCUUUAAAAGAGUUGCGCUCCGAGGCCCUUGCGCCAUACGAUAGUUCUGCUUCAAGGUACAAUCAAAGCGUGUAUCUUGAACGCAGAGAGCAACUAAUCAAAAAGAUUGAUCUGAGACUAACGGAGACAAAUUCUCAAAGAUUGAACUCUGUGAUCAAGAAGCUUGUAAGUGAGUUUAGCGAACAAGUCCAGAUUGCCAAGAAAAAACGCGACGCAAAGUUCAGUGAUAUAUUAGCAGCUCAAUCUGCCGCCAUUGUGACUCAGUUCCGCGAGGACGCAAGCAAGUGUAUCUUUGAUCACUCGCGCGAGCUGGAACAGCUGAAGAAAGAACUAAGUGAUGUCAGUGAGCAAUUGAGACACAAAGAAAAGAAUCUGUUAUUAUCAAGGCUGACCAAGAAGUUUCAAACCCAGUUCAAGGAGAAGUUGGCAGAAAUCACUGGAGAUCCAUCAACAGAUCUUUGGGAUAGAGUCCUGAACGAGUUCAAUCAGAUCACACAAAGCCUAGAAUCGAAAUAUGUCUCGGACGACCAAUAUGAUUAUCAGCUUGGGAUGACAGAGCAAGAAAACAAGGAUACACACGUUGAAUUACUGCAAUCGUUUUGGACUAAGUUCAAAGACAUCAUUCAUGAUUAUGUGACAGAAGACACGGUCUCGCGUAUCUUAAGAAACAAGUUUGAAGAUCUUUUCAGGUACGACGAUAAUGACGUCCCAAGGGUUUGGCUGAAUACACUGGAGAUUGACCAGCAGUAUAAUAGAGCCAGAGAUACCGUGCUGAGUCUGCUACCAGUAUUCAGCAAGAUGGUAUUGACUAAAACUAAUGAGGAAAUUGUUCCACCAGUGAAUAUUUCCACAACUGACUCCGAAGAGCUGGAUGAAGACGACAAGGAGACCACAUUUGCCGAGCUUUUAUCGAUCAAACAGCAGAAUGGAGUGCUGUCCAGGGUCAAGAAAGAGAUGGAUGCCAUCUAUAUCGAAGCCAAGCGUUCGGUUAUGGCCAACACGACCUCGAUUCCUUUCUGGAUGUAUGCCUUGGUUCUUGUUUUGGGGUGGAAUGAGUUCAUGGCUGUUCUCCGUAACCCGUUGCUGUUUAUGCUGAUUAUUAUCCUAGCUACAGGGGCCUAUUUUGCUCACUAUAUGGGCCUGCUACGUCCAAUGCUGAGUGUUGCAGGGGCCACUCUCACACACACCAAGACGGUGGCUAAGCAAAAAUUGCGAGAGCUCGUCGAGGAGGCGGAAUCUGCAAAGGCAGAUGUGAAGGCAGAGGUCGACGAGGCCAAAACCAAAUAA